UGUGGACAGUGAAACGAGACCAAUGGAUGCACAGAUAGGACAACUGGAGAAAGAGGAGAUGGUUGGCACCAGAAGCACAUCUCUACUCUCCCCACAGCUAAAAGCCAUGAUCCGAAUCAAGAAAAAAUACCUGAAGAAACUGCGUCCAGAACAUGGCUCCAAUUCAGCCCGGUUGGGUCAUAACAAUUCAGACGGCAUAAAUUCAGACGUGAAUUUGCAACCUAAGAGGCCUAAGAGGAAGUCCAGGCGUCGGGUGAUGUUCCCGAAUCACACAUUGAUGUGCAAACCGAAGAGGGAGCGCAGCCGAGCGAAACCUUUCCUGAUCUUCUUCAGCAUUAUCAUUUUCAUUCAGGUCUACAACGCCAUCGAAAAUUUGGACGACCAUGUUUUAAAGUAUGAUCUUGAAGGAUUAGAGAAGACGUUAGACAGGGAGUUGUUCGGCCAGCAGGAAGCGCUAGAGGAGCUGAUGGACCAUCUGAAAGAUUAUCUAUCAACUUACACCCACCACCAACCUCUCGCCCUGUCUUUCCACGGGCCGUCUGGCGUUGGCAAAAGCCACCUGGGUCGCGUGCUGACGCGCCACUUCCGCUCCGUGAUAGGCGACAAGCUGGUAGUGCAGUAUUUUUCUAAGCAUCACUGCCCCCUAAAGGACGCGGCACAGGAUUGCGCUUCCAAACUCGCUAAACGUAUAAUGGAGGUAGUGACUCGAGCCGAAGAGGAAGAGCAAAUUCCUUUCUUCAUCCUAGAUGAGGUGGAACUGAUGCAACCUCCGCUGCUGGAUGUAUUGAAGACGUUUCUUCGGCCAGAUCAGACGAAUGAGUUUCUUAACGUUGUUUAUGUUUUUCUAAGCAGCCUGGGCCAAAGGGAAAUAACAGCUCACAUCCUGCACAACGCCUCGACUGCCGGAGCUCAUAAAUCACUCCGGCAGGCCCUGACUUUCAUCCAUCCGCUGUGGACAGAACCCACAGUGGAGAUUAUUCCUCUGUCCCUACUGGAGCGUGAACAUGUCAUCCGAUGCUUUAUGGAGGAAAUGACACUCGAGGGCUUUUACUCCGACACCAAACAGGUAGAAGCACUGGCAGAUGAGCUGGCCUAUCACAGAGCGGCUGGAAAACAGUAUGCAAAGACCGGCUGCAAACAAGUAGUGGGAAAAGUUAAUCUGCUAUGAGAGGAUACACGAUACCACAGAAGAACCAUUUUGGCUGUAUGGAUCUGUAGAACCGUUCUGUUGCAAGAAGAAAAUGGUUCUUCACUCUCAGAAAAAAUGUACAAGAGCUGUCAUUGGACAUUUCCUUUGAGGAAAAAGUCCCAGUAUGCACAUUUUAAGUACAGAUAUGUAUGCAGACGACUCAAGACCAGAUCCGCACCAGAUCCGUUCCGGACCUUCCGACUUCAGCCCAG